AUGCAAAGUGAUGAGGACCCAGCAGCGCUGCAGAUGAGCACAGACUCACAGCCCAGCAGACUGUCUGAUGGUGACUGGUUUGCACCUAAAAGAGGGCUGCAUGUGGCGGCAGCAAUGUGGGUGCAAAGGGCUUUGCCCGGCGUCUACCAACGGCUCUUGCCCUUGGGCUUGGAGCCUCGAAUCCAAAGAAAGCCAUCCACACAUUGUCGUCUGGCAGCCCUUGGAUUCUACCUGUUGCUGCUGACGGCUGGCCAGGGGUUGCUGAUGUACAAAGUGAUCAAAAUGCAGAGAGAGAUACUGAAACUUCAAGAACAAAACACCACCUAUAGAGAAGAGAUUCUGAAGAGUUCCUUUGCCAGCAAACUGAGCAUGGGUCAUGAAGAAAACUGGCGGAAAAGCUUAGAAGAGGAAAUCACCAUUAUUAAAAGCAGUAACGCGGAUAUGAUGAUGAUGAUGAAGAACAUCACUCUGGUUGCAGGGCCUCCUGGACGCAAAGGAGAACCUGGUCCACGAGGUUUGGUAGGUGUCCAAGGACAGAAAGGCGAAAUGGGCAAGAAAGGAGACCCUGGGCCCCGUGGACUCAUGGGUCCUCAGGGACAGCAGGGAGUCCCUGGACUACCAGGCUUCAAUGGUAGCACGGGGGAGCCUGGACGUCCUGGGCAGAAAGGAGAAACAGGUGAAAUUGGACAACGUGGACCUGUGGGAAUUCCUGGCCCUGAAGGCAGACCUGGUCAGAAAGGGGAGAAAGGGGACCAAGGGCCCAGUGGUAGUCCAGGACUGCCAGGCACUGCAGGACUCAGAGGUGAAAAGGGAGACAGAGGAGAAAGAGGUCCUCCAGGGCAAAAGGGGAAAAAGGGAGACCAGGGACCCCCAGGAAUCCCAGGCCAAAGUGGUGAAAAAGGAAGCAAGGGUGAUCAUGGCAGUCAGGGACCAAAAGGAGAACCAGGAGAAAAAGGAGCCAAGGGAGACCGUGGUUCCACUGGUUCCCCAGGAGCAAAAGGGAGCAAAGGUGAAAAGGGAGAAGUGUCACACAAUGAAUACAUACGAAUUGCCGGAGGGAGCAAUAAGGGUCGCGUGGAAAUCUUUCACCAAGGGUCCUGGGGAACAAUAUGUGAUGAUGGCUGGAGCAUCCAAAAUGCCAAUGUGGUCUGCCGAAUGCUAGGAUACAGCCGUGCGAUCUCUGCCUUCACAGCCACAGCAGGCACUGGACGAAUUUGGCUUGAUGACGUGAAUUGCCACGGGAAUGAACAUACCAUUCUCGACUGUCCAAAGCCGGACUGGGGUGUGAACAACUGCUCCCACAGUGAAGACGCUGGGGUGGAGUGCAAUUGAUGCUACCUAAAGGCUGCCCUUGGAGCUGCUGCCUGCUUCUACUCUCCAUGGCGCUCUUCUUCGCAACGCAAACCCGGUUUCAUAAG